CUCUUUGUCCCUCCUCCAUAGUAAGAAUCAACCGAGCGCUAUCAAUCGGCUCGCAUCCUGCUGCAAACUAGGAUAAGCCACCACCACAACAACCUUCACUUCACUUUCACGUUCAUUUAGCCCCUCUCUCUCUCUCUGACACACCGACCAGCAGCGUCCUAUGAUUUGCCUGCCUGAGAUGCGAUUUCGCUCUCCCCUUUCCCGGAGAAUAUCGUCCGUUACUCCCCACUGAAAGACCAUGCCCGAGACGGGGGCGGCGGGAGCAGCAGUCCCUGCAGCAGCGGGUAGCAGCUCCUCCGACAGCAGUGGUGGCACCGAGAGCUCGCGGCACAGACACCGAUCGCAAGGCGAAGGGGAAAAGACAGAUCAAAGUGCUGCCUCCUCGCAGCAAACAUCAUCCGGUGUACUGGAUAAGUUAUUUGGGAAGCGGCUGCUGCAGGCUGGGAGGUACAUAAUGUCUCAUAAGUCCUGGAUGAAGACCGUGCCCACUGAGAACUGUGACGUCCUCAUGACUUUCUCAGACCGGACAGAUGACCACACGUUGCUAUGGCUACUAAACCACAUGCGCCUGGGCAUUCCAGAACUCAUCGUCCAGAUCCGACAUCACAAACACACGCAUGUACACGCCUUCUUCGUCACGGCAACUUAUGAGAAUUUGUUGCGCGGGGCAGAGGAGAUGGGUCUGAGGAAGUCAUUGAAGCCAGAGUUUGGGGGAGGAACACGCAGUUUCUCCUGUGAAGAAGACUACAUCUAUGAGAACAUUGAGAGUGAACUAUGCUUCUUCACAUCACAGGAGAGGCAGAGCAUUAUCAAGUACUGGCUCGACAAUCUACGAGCCAAGCAGGGGGAGGUGCUUCAUAACAUACACUUCCUGGAGGGACAGCCAAUCAUCCCAGAGCUGAGUGGGCGGGGUGUGAUCCAGCAGGUGUUUCCUCUCCAUGAGCAGAGGAUCCUCAGUCAGCUGAUGAAGUCCUGGGUGCAGGCUGUGUGUGAGAAACAGCCACUAGAUGAUAUUCGUGACUACUUUGGGGUGAAGAUAGCCAUGUACUUCGCCUGGCUGGGGUUCUACACCACGUCUAUGCUGUAUCCUGCUGUCAUCGGCUUCGUGCUCUGGGUUCUCACCGAGUCUGACCAGACGAGUCGUGAUAUCUGCUGUGUGGUGUUUGCACUGUUUAACGUGGUGUGGGCCACACUCUUCUUGGAGAGGUGGAAGAGAAGGGGGGCGGAGCUGGCCUAUAAGUGGGGUACGCUGGACACCCCUAACGAGUCCCUAGAGGAACCACGGACGCAGUUUAGGGGUGUGAAGCGGUGCAGCCCCAUAACAGGCUGUGAGGAGUUUUACUACCCACCAUGGAGGAGGAGGGUGUUCAGGUGGCUGGUCAGCCUGCCCAUCUGCAUCCUGUGUCUCUGCUUUGUGUUCCUGGCCAUGCUCCUCUGCUUCGAACUGCAGGAGUUUGUUAUGGGGAUUAAAGAAGUACCUCGCCUGGCCCGGUUCAUCCCUAAGAUCAUGCUGGCCAUCACUGUGACUGCCUGUGACGAGGUGUACAGGAAGAUAGCCUACUGGCUCAACGACAUGGAAAACUAUAGACUCCAGAGUGCCUAUGAGAAACAUCUCAUCAUUAAAUUGGUUCUUUUUCAGUUUGUAAACUCUUAUCUCAGCCUUUUCUACAUUGGAUUCUACCUCAAAGACAUGGAGCGUCUGAAAGAGGUGUUGCUGGUGUUCUCUCUGGGACAGAGUCUUCUCAGACAGCUGAAGGACAAUGUGCUGCCUUUUGUCUUCCUCAAGAUCAAGCUGUUGGUUGUCACCAUCCCCUGGGUCAUCAAGGCCUCCUUCAGGUCCAAACAUCUGGCUACCUUUGGAUUUGAGCAGCUGUUCUAUAAGAUGCUGGCCACCCUGCUGAUCAUCCGCCAUUUUGUCCAGAACGUGAAGGAGGUGAUGCAGCCUUACCUGUACGAGCGCCACAAGCUGGGCGAGCUCACCCUGCGCAGCGUCUGGGAUCUGCUCCUCUCAGCCCUGCUCAAGUACUGCAGGCUGGCCGCAGGAAAGCCCCAGGCUUCACCCACCGACCAGGCCAUGCCGGGCCCUGGCCUGAGGGGAACCAGACCCGGGGUGAGACAGCCUGACCGCAGGGAGAAGAAGUGUCUGAAUGGGGGAUGUGGGGUGCCUGAAGAGGAGGAGGGAGAGAGGGAGGAGGGGGACAGUGGGAGGUUCAGUGAGGGAGAGAAUGAGGAAUCGUCUGAGAGUCUGAUAGACUGUGGCCUCAAGCUGAGGAAGGUCAGCUUCAUAGAGAGGGGGGACAGGAAGUCGUCUGGAGGGGGCUGCAUCCCCACAAUGGAGGACAGUUUCUUGGAGGACGGCAGCCCCACUAUGGUGGAGAAGGGGAUGGAUCCGGCAUCGGUGUUCGAGACAUAUGAUGAUGACGAUGACAAUGGCGUCACUGAGACAAAGGACACGGGAGUUUCGGCCAAUGAGAGUAUGGCGGCUGCCCCGCUGCCUUCUGGGCCAGAGAGCACGGUGACGGUGCGUCAUCGCAGAAGGCAGAGGAGUUUGGAGAGGGCAGACUCUAAAACCAAGCGGGAGUCAUGGAUCGACCCGCCAGAGGAGCAGGAGAGUACGAGUCUGGCACAGGCUGAGAUGGAGAGCUGCAUGCAGACAUAUGAGGACACCUUCCAGGACUACCAGGAGAUGUUUGUCCAGUUCGGCUACGUAGUUCUCUUCUCCUCAGCCUUCCCCCUGGCGGCCAUGUGUGCCCUCAUCAACAACAUCAUCGAGAUCCGCAGCGACGCCUUCAAGCUCUGUACCGGCCUGCAAAGACCCUUCGGCAAGAGAGUGGAGAGCAUCGGACAGUGGCAGACGGCGAUGGAGGCCAUGGGUCUGAUCGCCAUCAUAGUCAACUGUUACUUGAUUGGUCAGUGUGGUCAGCUGCAGCGCCUCUUCCCCUGGCUCAGCCCUGAGAUGGCCAUCAUCUCCAUUGUCAUCCUUGAGCACUUUGCCAUCCUGCUGAAGUACAUAAUUCACGUAGCAAUCCCAGACAUCCCCAGCUGGGUGGGGGAGGAGAUGGCCAAACUGGAGUACCAACGCAGGGAGGCUUUUAAGUUGUUACAAAGUGACCCAGUAACCCAAAGUGACCCAGUAACCCAAAGUGACCCAGUAACCCAAAGUGAAACAAAGCACGAGCGGCAGGCGCAGCAGCACUACCAACAGCUACAGAGGAGGAAGAGAGAGGAGGAGGAGAGGCAGAGGCAGACGGAGCACCAGGCUCGCAGGGAGAGGGAGAGAGAUGAGGGGAAGGACUCUUCCGGGGGAGACCACCACCACGACAAGAGCCACGGGGGGAAGUCCCGCUCUGGGGGGGGUGGAGGUGGGGACAAGCCCAAGAGGCCCAGCUCCCUCCUGGCCAACAACAACGUGAUGAAGCUCAAACUGAUCACCCCCUUACAGAGCAAGUUCUCCUCCGGCAGCGCACGCUCCCCUCAGUCUCCCACAGGAAACGAACCCAAGCUCCCCGGGUUCCUCAGCUUCAAGUUCCUCAAGUCGCCUGAGAAUAAGAAGGAAGCGGCCGCUGCUGCUGCUGCAGCCACGGCAACGAAUACCACGACGACCGCGACCGCCCCCGGCGGUAACCAGGAGCGGUCUCAGUCGCCGAGCAAGUCGUUCAACCCUGGGAAACUAUUUAACUUUGGGAAGUCAGAGGGGGGCUCCUGUGUGAAUGGGUCCCAGUUACCCCGACCAGGGGAGGGUUCCCAGGGAUCUGACAAACAGCUCUCCAAGUCUGACCUGAAUGGGGUGCCGGACGAGAUCCCCUCGCCUGGAGGGGAUGAGGGGGAGAACGGACACCACACAGACUCCUCAGACCCUAAAGUCUAGGAUCUCUUUGGAUAGGGAGAUGACAAACUACUAUGAGAACUUAACUUAAUAUAUCUACUAGAAGGACAAAUGUAUGGGGAGAAAAGGUCAAGCCUCUCUCUGUGCUGUCUGGAUCUGAGGUUGUGUAUGUAGACGCUGCCUGGGGGCUGUGGGGGGGAGGACUAAUGGUAAUGAUGAUGGGAUGUGUGGGUCUGCAUUGUUGCUGUUGCUGAGAGACUUUCAGGCUUAAUGGCGAAGACAUAACCCACCCUUUUACCCGUGGCCACACACACACACACACACACACACACACACACACACACGCACACACACGCACACACACACAGAAUCCUCUUUUGUCUGCAAUACAUAUAGAAAUGCAUGAGCUGCAUUUCUGAUACUUUCCGAGCAUUUUCAAAAAAAGGGAGAGCAGUGUUUCUUGAUUUAUUCUAUUCUGAAAAUUGUAAGCAUCCUGGUGGCCAUCUUGCCACUGAAACAUAACAUCCUGGUUUCGAAGGUCAGAAGAAAAAAAUGGAUUGGUGUGUGUGAAUCAAAAGCAUAAUGAGACCUUUCACAGUCACCACACAAUGGUGGCCUGAUAUCAGACUCACUUUUAACUGUGACGGUCGAUCGGCUUUUCUACUUAAUACGAACCGGCUGUGCUAGCCGAGCAAUAUCAAAUCAGUGUUUCAAAUCUGAGCAGUACUGCAAAACACGUCCAGUUCUUUGUUUUUCACCCACACUCCCAUCUGAAGGCAUACGUGAGCAGUCGUGAGUUUUAUAUAUACAGUACAUCCCAUGAAAACAACGGCAAUAUCUGAAGUGUAUGUCUGACACAGUGCGUGGGAAACAGGAUGUUGUGUUUGACGUUGUGAAAGGCAAAGAUGAAAAUCGUUUGAUAAAAGACAGGCUUUGUCUUGCAUCAGUAUGAGAGAGAGAGAGAGAGAGAGAGAGAGAGAGAGAGAGAGAGAGAGAGAGAGAGAGAGAGAGAGAGAGAGAGAGAGAGAGAGAGAGAGAGAGAGAGAGAGAGAGAGAGAGAGAGAGAGAGAGAGAGAGAGAGAGAGAGAGAGAGAGAGAGAGAGAGAGAGAGAGAGAGAGAGAGAGAGAGAGAGAGAGCGAGAGACAGAGACAGAGACAGAGACAGAGAAUGAAAGAGUUGUUUUGACUGAUACCACAGGAUGUUGAUGUGGAUUAUACAGUACACGGUAUGUAUCAUGGAAAGUCUGGGUUCCUGUAGUUUACUGUGUGCCAUUCUAAUCUCUCCCCAUUCAAGCCUGCAGAGAGACAUUCUACACAGUAUACUAAUGGCUCUCCAUUUCAGCACACAGAUCUGACUAGAUUAGUGAGUAGACUAGACAGAGAUAGAGAGAAGAUUUGCACUAAACUCUGAGGCUCUGCACUGAGACAGCAGAGCCUGUUCUGACUGCAGGUGGAAGGAAGAACUAUACCGGUCUGCCUCACAACACAACACAACAUAUACAAACGUUGGAUUUUAUUAUCUAGUAUCUUGUACUGUAGAUGCUGUUGUCAUUUCAUCCGACAUCCCUAGUUCCUAAAUCCCAGGUGGCUGCUGGUCCCCAUCCAUUCAUUUGAGAGCUGACAAUAUAUUUUCUAUUGUUUAUUCUAUUUAUUUCCAAUGGAAUUUGUUGCCAAAGCAUCACCUUUCUGACUACACUGGCAGUGAUAGCAUAGAGAUGACAGAUUUCUAAAUUCCUUUUGUAAACCAAUCCAAAGGGAUUAUUCAACCGUUUUCUUUUCUAUAAUGUGGCCAGAGGAUGGUGCCAGAGUACAAGACAGUGUUUUAUACGUCUAACUUAGAGUAGGAUGAAGUGACCCUAAGGUCAGUUUUGCGUUCCCCAACCCUAUUGCUAACGUUAGGAUUUGGGGAUGUUAAUCUGAUGUUACAUCUGUGUUUAUGAACUCAUAUUAAAUCCCAGUCUUCAUUGAAAAAAAAGAACCAUGGCGCUCCACGGCAAGUGAGAUUCAGCACAGCGUUAGAGAGAGAGACAGAAACAUGAACUAUGCACCUUCACUUCAUCCUCUCUGGCUAAGAUCUUUGCAAUAAUACAGUGUUAGAGGGACAGUGGCACAGACACAACGCUAGUCUAUUACUGGUCCAUGCCUUCAGUACUCCAUCUCUUCAGACUGUGUUCCACCAAUGGGAUCUCUUAGAACUCCAUCUCGUCAGACUGCGUUCCACCAAUAGAAUCUCUUAGUACUCCAUCUCUUCAGACUGUGUUCCACCAAUAGGAUCUCUUAGUACUCCAUCUCUUCAGACUGCGUUCCACCAAUAGGAUCUCUUAGAACUCCAUCUCUUCAGACUGCGUUCCACCAAUAGGAUCUCUUAGUACUCCAUCUCUUCAGACUGUGUUCCACCAAUAGGAUCUCUUAGUAUUCCAUCUCUUCAGACUGAGGUCCACCAAUAGGAUCUCUUAGUACUCCAUCUCUUCAGACUGUGUUCCACCAAUAGGAUCUCUUAGUACUCCAUCUCUUCAGACUGUGUUCCACCAAUAGGAUCUCUUAGUACUCCAUCUCUUCAGACUGCCGACCACUACCCAAUAUAGAGUCUCCAGCUGACCUGGAUUCUCAGUGUGGGUAUCAAUAGGGAACAUCCCAUCACUCCAUCUGGGCUGAAAAACACACAUGCACGCACGCACGCACACGCACGCACGCACACAUCCUGUCUGAAAUAGGAAACCUAAUCUUAGGAAGCUCCCCUGGUACUAUAUUCUCUGAUCAUCAUAUGAGGUUAACUAGAAUGCCUGUCAAAUAUGCAUUUUGGCCUAAAACAUGCAACGUCUGUCAUUUAGCAUGGAUUGCCUAUCUAUAAUGUACUUCAAGCUACAACAUAAUGGCAAGGCUCAUGCUUCUGCAUUGAGACUGAAUAUAGCAUUUUCAUGAACAUAGUGGCAACAAUAAGAAUUGAGCUCUGACUUACUGAACUAGUUGUUGUAGUUACAUCUCUGACUGACUUAACUAGUUGUGGUAGUUACAUCUCUGACUGACUUAACUAGUUGUGGUAGCAGUAGCAAUUACAUGGGAUUUGAGCUGAAAAGGCACUUCAAGGCAAUAAGGGAAGAGAAAUAGCAGUUUGUGUGGGAGUGAGUGACGUUUGAUCUCACCAUCACAUUUCCUCCUCCCUCUACAGCCAAUUAAGUCAUUAUAAGGAAACCAUUUGGUUAAUAUCGUCAGCAUCAUCAUUCAUUUGUGAAUAAUGCCAAAUAACUAGGCCACGGAUGAGAGACACGAUUGAGACAUUUCUCAUUUACUGUAGUGAAGCAGAUGCUGUCAGACAAGUGUUUGAUUAGAUGAUCUGCCGUAGGCCAUUGUCAGUAACAGUCAUCCACGGUACACCUGCCUGCUGUGCCUCUGGAACACACUGGCUUGGUUUCCUGGUUUGUUUCACCUUUGAUACAGGUUAACAACUUUUAAUAGUUCUGAGUGGCUUCCUCUAUUCCCCCCCCCCCCAUCUCUGAUCGAAAAGAACUGGACAUGUGAAAGCAAAUCCCCAGCAGGCAACCAACAUCUUGCUUUGACCUGGCCUUCCUUUUUCACAUCGGUGCAGACGAAGGAAAGGGGACAAAGAGCUAAGUAAGACUAUUGAGACGCAGCCUUUGUUGGGUCAGCGGCCAUCAUGGUGCGUGACCUUUGGUCUCACUGGACACGUUAACCCUCCUGGUUAGGUUUUAUCCGACAGAGCUACUUUACUGAAGUAGAGAAACGGCUCAUGUCAGUAUCAAUGGAACUAUGUCAUUUCAAACGGGUAGGAAGUGCUCUGAAUGAGCUUUAUCUUUUGAUUUUCUAUCACUGCACUGCUUAGUUACGAAUGCUUAGGAAUGGUGGUGAGAUUGGUUUGAUGGGAUAGCCUGACGGGGGAGGGGUAACUGUAGCCUCAUUGUUCUAUCACUGCAUUGCUUAGUUACGAAUGCUUAGGAAUGGUGGUGAGACGAGAGCAGAGGGAAUUUUGUUAAUGUGACAUUGUUUGGGACAGUUGUCUAAAUUGAUGGGAUAGCCUGACGGGGAGGGGUAACUGUAGCCUCAUCGUUGAACUGGACAGUAAAAAGUGGAUGAGGUGAGAUGUACUGUACACCUACUACCAGUAUGUAGAACCCUUCCCUUUAUACCGUCCUAACUAAAUAAAACAUCUUCACAACAGCCUCACUAACUGACCAGACAUCAUGUGCUCUUCCAAUGUACCACUGUACAAAAACAAAAACUAAUAUUUUCAAGAAAAAUAUGAUACUGGGAAAUGGGAUUAUUUAUUUCUUUUAAUUUAUUUUGUCAUAUUUUUGUAAGAUCUGAAAUAUAGAUAAUAAAACAAUUUUAAAUUGAAA